CCGCCCCCUACGGGACUUCCGGGAUGGGACUUUCUCUGUGGCAGCGCAUCUCUAUGAUCGCCAGGUGUGGGUGCCUUCGUGCUCGCUCCCCCCGCCCCGACGUGCCCGUGGCGCUGCGCAUGCGCGGGAAGCGGCUGUGCCAUAGCAACCGGAGCGUUAACGGUAGCAACGGCAAUGGCAAAAGCAACAACUAUCAAAGAAGCUCUAGCCAGAUGGGAAGAAAAAAAUGGCCAGAAGGCUUCAGAGGCAAAGGAAGUGAAACUGUACGGUCAGAUUCCUCCUGUAGAGAAGAUGGAUGAAUCUCUCUCCACUCUUGUUAACUGCGAGAAACUAUCGCUGUCUACAAACUGCAUUGAAAGAAUCGCCAACUUGAGCAACCUGAAAAAUUUGAGGAUUCUGUCCUUGGGAAGAAAUAACAUAAAGAACUUGAAUGGAUUGGAGGCAGUUGGAGAAACUUUAGAGGAGCUGUGGAUCUCAUACAACUUCAUUGAGAAACUGAGGGGUAUCCGUGUUAUGAAGAAGCUGAAGGUUCUUUAUAUGUCAAAUAAUUUGGUGAAAGACUGGGCAGAGUUUGUGAGACUGGCAGAGCUGCCAUUACUAGAGGAUCUGGUGUUUGUAGGCAAUCCACUACAAGAGAAAUACGCCUCUGAUCAGAACAGUUGGAUUGAUGAAGCAGCCAAACGAGUACCCAAGCUGAAAAAGCUGGAUGGUACCCUACUUAUUAAAGAAGAAGAAGAGGAAGAAGGAGCAAACUGAUGACACUGUCUUGUUGGGUAUUUAAUUAUUUAAGUAACUCCAGAUAGCUCAGCACAUAGAACUUUUAUAUAAAUGUUUGUUUUGAAGAAAAUUUUUGGCAAGUUUUGAAAAGACCAGCUUAUCUCCACAGUCUCUCACCCAAAGAGUUACCAAAAUUUGGGCACACCAGUUCUGUCAAGCUUAUGACACCUGCUAUAGAGACCAGUGGAGCUGAGUUUGUCUGCUCUUCCUCUAGAAAGAGAUCUUUACCUAAACUAAUACAUAGAUGGUUUUAAUCCCUGAUUAGUGGUGCUUGUUAUUCACUCUUCGGUUAUAUAGAACCAUUUUAGCUUGUUCGGUGCAGCUGACCAACAUUAUCAUUGGAAACACUGAGGCCAAGAGAACAUUAUUGUGGUUUAGAGACGUGUUACAGGCUUUGCUGUGUUUAAUUUUGUCAUGGGAAUCCAUCAGUGUUUUAAAUAUGCAAGUCAGUUUGCCUUUUCAUCCCCUUAACUGUUAUGCCAAACAAGCCCAGUAGUUGUGAACGCACAAAAAAAUUAUUGGUCUGAUGAUUGCUUGUUACUGGCCUUAAGUUUUGAAUUGGGCUUCCCACAUUGGAACUCAACUGCAUUGCUUAGAAGGCCAUGUAUAACUUAUGUAUUUAUUUAUUUUGAAGAGGCAAUGGGAAUUCUUUGCAUGGUUUCAAUGAGACUAAAAUAUCUGCUAGCUUUUUUUGUUGUUGUUUUUUACUAAGAAAUUAUUUUAUAUUGGAAUAUGUGGCCUGUUAGCUGACAGCUGGUUCUUAGUUUUUGUUUGGGUCACCGGUAGACAUAAUCCUUCUCCGCUCUGGAAUUUUCCUAUAACUAAGUAGGCUGAUACUAAUACAGAAACAAGCAGUGAACAGAAGACCUGGGUUUGAGGACAGAAAAUGUUGGUUUUGGGGAUAUUCAUUUUUUGUGAAAGCACCGGUGUGAGCAGUGAGAGAAAGUGCAUGUAGUCAGUGGGGCAGGUGAGAUGAGAUGGAAAGUGGGCAUUGGAAACGAAAGUAUUGAAGACGUCCUAAAUGUGCUGCAUUACAGGGUAGCCAGUUUUAGUAAAGCCCCAUUAUAUGGCAGGUAACUAUUUCUAGUGAAAUGCAUUAAACAAUGAUGAAGACAUACCUGGUUGUACUGUUGGAUGCCAAUAGUGUGGGGUUUUUUCUUCUCUUCCGAGAACAGAUGAUGUCACCUGAGCAGAUUUUUCUGCAGAUUGUUUUUUGUUUUUUAAAAGCUUUUCUUCUAAUUCACGGUACCAUCUCUGUUUAAAUUAAAAUGGUGACAAGUGUAGCUGUGGGUUCCAGACCAGGCAGAAAGGCUGGAGGCGGAACACCACUCUUAAAUAUUUUGUUUGUGAAGGUGUUGAAAUCUUGGAAGUCAUGGUCAGAGAUUAAAAGGUACAAUUGGCCCACAAAACAGUGUUAUGGGACUCAAGCUCCAGGUAUAAUUGUAGCAGAAGAGAGUUCUCUCUCUAAUUAAUUUGUAGGUGAACAGUGUGAAGUAGAAGAUUACAAGACAAUCAGAGUUUAGUUUCAAUAUAUUGCUAGUUAUUCUAUGAUUGUUAGAGGAAUUCUUAAGCAUUCCAACUUAAAUUGGCAAUUGCUGAUAAAGCUUGAGUUUUAUUUAGAUCUGUUGCUUAAAAUAAGGUCAAGAGAGCAAUGGCAGAAACUGUGGACAUUCUUUACCUAGCACAAACUAUUUCCAGGCAGCUGUUCUCUUGACCAGAAAGCAGUUUUCUCACAGGCAACUUUAUAUUUGUACGUAAUUUCUUUUAGAAUUAUUAAGUAAGCUUUAUCGUUAGUAAAGGCACCAUUGACCAAGAAACAGGAUGAGAGAGUGCGUAGUCAACAGCCGUUUCAUAUUGGCUUCUUUUAAAACUUCAGCCAUUCCAUUCACUUGCAACCAGCCACUUUUGGCAAAGGGGAUGUGAUUUGGUGGUAUGUGGCCUGUGACACACUCAGCCUCUACUGACCCCGCCUGCUGUGGUGGGGCAACAGGGUUGACUUGUGUCCUUGAUGACUGUAAUUGAAGUGUGGUUAACCUGAGCCACAGCUUGAGCGGAGCAAAACUUGACUUCUGAAUACUUCCAACCAAUGGAAAUGCCAAAUUGAUCUAUGUGUUUGGAGACAUUUUCAGAACAGACCAUACAGUGCUCUUGUCCUAGUGCCUGGCCACAACGAAAAGUGUUUGAACUGCUGUAGCUGGUCUCUCCUAGCACAAUGUCUACAAGUCUGGUAUGUACAGCGAUGUUAGCUCCUCAAAUGGAAUGUGACAGGAGAGAGUGAGCGAUGAGCACACAGUCCAGUGCCAGGUAAUCCUGCUGGUUGAAUUUUUAAUAUCUAAAUAUGGUCCAAGUCCGUACAUUUCUGAAGGUUGUGUUGGAUACAGCAAAUACUCUACACUUUGGCUAUUUUGGGACAUUUUGAGAGCACUGUUCUCACUGUGUGGUGAUGAUUGGAACGAAACAUAGCUCCACUGCCAAGACAUGAGGGGUAAGAGCAGUUCCUGGCUCAUGUAAGUGACCAAUACAGGCUGUUCUAUGGGAGCAGUCCAGGAGCUAUUGCAGUUGAUGGUGGAGCUGUGGGCAUUGUGUGGACCACUCACAGAUUUAAGAGCAGAAAUUCUCUCGUGCUUUUUUGGGGGCUGCAUUGUAAUUGCCACCAAAAAAAAUAAUUGUUGAAGCAAUGGAGCAUCUGGACUCAGCACAAUUAUAACAGCAGUAAGGAACACUUGCAAUAGAAGGCUUCCCUCGCCUUUCACCCUUCAUGCUGUGAUGAAUUAGCAUAUAAUUUAAAACCCUUCUGAUACAACUAUAUAUCUCAAUGAAACAACACAGUCAGAGAAGAACAAACUGUGGCUCUCAUUUGUCAGGAGAUGCUUCAGCUCAAAGCUGGGUGGAAGGUUCAGCUUAAUGGUGCUUUGCCUGAUGAAUCAUUAUUACUCUCAAGAACAAAUCAACACCCCCCCUUAACUUUUUCUCCUCCAAAAUAAGUUUUCCUAAAUCUUAAAAUUUGCACUUUAAAAUUCUGCACUGGAUGUGGUGGAAGACAUACACAGGUGGUAGAACUGAAGCAGCCGCUUUGCACAUUGAUGGUGCUACACCAUGUGGUGUGUAAGCUAACAGCAAAGCUCGGCCUGCGCACCCAUAGGGAGCGGCUCAGCAAAGUGUCAAAACGCUCGUCUUUUGGUGUUACGCUUUGCUCUUCCCUAUCGCACCACAUCCAGUAAAGUCGUAAGCACAUUAUUAUUCAUGGAUGAAAAGAGCACCCAUGUAAAACUUGCAAGCCAUGUGGAAUUCUGCUUUUCCCAGUGAAAUUAUGGAGGAUUAGCAUCCACUUUAUUACUUAGAGAAAGAUUCUAAAAUUAAAUUAGUGGUAGGAAAUAGCUAGGGUUUUUACUUGCUUGUUAGCACAUUGACCCCUCUUCAAAGAGCUGAUGUAUGCCGUGAUUAUAUUGAGAACUGCUGGAAAAGUGUGAGAAGAGACCUGAGAACCAGCAGAUGACUCAGGUUACACUAGAAGUAGAUGCAUCUAGAAAAAUCUUCAAGCAAGAGAGCACUUUUAACAUCCCCUUUGACUAUCUUUUGUAUACAGUAAUUUUGUAGCAUGACCAACCUGUUAAAUUUGCUGUGUUUAAAUUAUUUAGGCGUAUGUUUGUAAAUGUUAUUCUGUGAAACUUGUUUAAAAAUAAUAUAACAUUAUUUUUUACAAACAUCUUUGGCUGUUGUGUAAUGAAAUAGUUCAGUUUGUGAAGAGUGUUCAGAAAUUAAAUUUUGUUCUCAUUAAACUUUUCUAGCUGCUCAGGGAGCAACAUAUUUAUAGUAUAUAAAUGCUGUUCCUUAUUGCCUCUAUAUUUUAGAAUAGAAAAUAACUUAGACUUUUAAAAUGCUGAUAUAUUGUGAUUGUUGUCAUCUGACAUAUAAAUAUUUUUCAGUCUUUUAAGA